CUCGCUGCAAAUGAAGAGAAGACUUUGUUGGCACCACGUGGCUCGGUCAGUAAAGGGUUGGGGUUGUGGUGAUGGUGUCAAAAUGUGUGGCAAAAGUGUGAAAGAAGAAGAGUACGAGGAGGACAUCUGUCGGUCCAAAGAGAGCGAACGACAACGAGGAGAGGCUGUUCGCAGGCAGCCUCGCGAUGAGUUGCACGCAGCAGACAUCAGCGAAGAUCUUUGUCCCGAGCAGCAGGAGCCCAAGUUCCCUGGCAUGAAAGCGGAGGAGGAGCCACAGACCCGCUACGUGAAAGAAGAGGAGCGGGACGAUGAACUCUCCGAGUUUUUUUUGGCUGGUGCCGGUGUGAAGGGCGAAGAAGGCGACGGGGAGCACUUUGAAGGGUUACAACCAGACGGCCUCUUCGCUCCGCUAUCAGAGAGUGAUGGCAUAACGUCACACUCUUCUGACUUUGAUGAUGAUGAUGAAGAACAACACUCUCACGGGGAUAGCAAACGUGAGAAAUGUUCUCAGUGCGAUGCAACCUUUUUCAACGAGUCCUCAUUGGAAAGACACGCGAGAACGCACACUGGGGAAAAAACUUUUGCCUGCUCAGAUUGUGGGAAACGAUUCUCUCGAAAGGCAACGUUAGCGGCGCACACAAGAACCCACACGGGAGAAAAACCCUAUUCCUGCUCAGUUUGCGGUAAAACGUUCACUCAGAACGGACACUUGAUAGCACACGCAAGAGCACACACGGGGGAGAAAGCAUUUGCCUGCUCACUUUGUGCCAAACGAUUCUCUGAAAAGAAAAGUUUAGCCAUUCACGCAAGGACACACACUGGAGAAAAACCUUUUGCCUGCUCCAUUUGUGGGAAACGAUUCUCGGCCAAGGAAAAUAUAACGAGGCACUCGAGAACGCACUCCGGAGAAAAACCUUUUCCCUGCGCCAUUUGCGGUCAAAGAUUCUCCAUCAAGACAAAUUUAACAACGCACACGAGGACGCACACCGGGGAGAAGCCUUUUGCCUGCGUCUUUUGUUGCAAAAGAUUCUCGAGAAAGGCAAGUUUAACAACACACACACGAACGCACACCGGCGAGAAGCCAUUCGGUUGCGGCGUGUGCCAUAAACGAUUUUAUGUGAAGCGUGAUGUGAAGAGACACAAGUGUCCGGGCGAGACGCGAGGCGGUCUAUCAAGCUGCUCUGGAGAAGGGAGAACCUGAAGUUGCGUUACGAAACGUCGACUCAGUCCCUGCUCCCUAAUGGCAAUUGAGGCAUUUUCAGCAUCGCUCUUCCAUAUUGUUGAUUCGUCAGUCAAAUGAAAAAUGGGACGUUG